CUUGAUAACACCUUCGGCGCAAUCGUUCCUGAAAAUUAAAAAAAAAAAGUCAUUUUCUUUGUCUGCUAGAACCCAGAAGUUCACAUUCAAAAGAGUAUUCAGUCGAGUCAUAUACAUCAUGAAAUAUUCUCUUGUAAUUUACAUUACCAGCAUUUUAGCUUUAACAGUUUUACUUACCCCAUUAAGUGUACUUUCUGAAACUCCAAUUUCUUGUUCUGCAUGGAUAAGAUGCUCAACAAUACCAGACAACACUUACGGGUUUAUCGGAAAAGCUUGUCAUAUCUAUCGAAAUCCUUGUUUUAUUACUCUUGAAAAUUGUGAUCGUAAAGUCAGGAAUGAAACUUUAAUCAUCCCAAGUACAAAAAAGAAAUGUAAACCAUUUUGUCCAUCUGUUUGUCCACUCUACGUUCUUCCAUUUUGUGCAGAAUAUUUGAAUCAUAAGAAAACUUUCAACAAUGAAUGCGAAAUGGAAAGAUACAAUUGCAAAAAUGACAAAACUUUUCGGCUUUUCUCCCAAGGAGCAUGUAAGUGUCCCGCUAAUGGAAAUGAUAAAAGUGCAAAUUGAUAUUAAAUUAUAUGCUAGAAAGUAUGAGUAUCUAGGAAAUCUCUGUACCUAAAACAAAAAGAAAAUGAUGCAAAAUUUAUGAAUUACUUUGUUUUUUCAACUUUAAAUUUAAAGUCCAAAAUGAAGUACCAGGUAAGUCAAACCGCGCUGCAGGUAAUCAAGUUUACAAGAGUCAGUCCAGAUUGACAGAAGAUGAGUUUAACUUUUUAUUUCCACUUCAUGAAGAAGAAAUUUAAAAAGCUGCAACCUGCAGAGAUGCCCUUUGCAUGCGUCGUAAAACUUACUACAUACAUCUCGAACUUUGAAAAAAUACUUGAAAUGGUCCCAAAAGAUUGAAACAAUCAACAGUAAAAGAAAAACCAAAAAUGUCAAACAAACAUUUGAUUUUUGAAAAUUCACAAAGCACUUUGACUUAUUUGAAAACUAAUAACAAUUUUUCUUCAUAAAAAAAAUAGAGUAGGUAUACUUUGCAUGAAUUUUCAUUUGUACCGUUUUUAAUAGUUUGUACCUAAUUGUUUACGAGUGGAAAUCGUUUUUAAUUGCACGCGAUUUGAAGUUGUUUUUAUUGUGAAAUAAUAAUUAUUGUGAAAAAAUAAUGGCACUUACUUGUUCUUUAACGGUAACCAAUACCACAAAAGCAACAAAAUCGAAACUCUUGAAGUCGUAAUGCACUAUUGCGUGUGACAACAUCGACUGAAUUAAAGCUAACCCUAUACCUAUC